GUUUACACUGUGAAAAGGUAAUGGUAAUUGUUAGUGCCUGGAAAGUUGACAUUGUCAAAGUAGGGAAGUGACAUCAAAAUAUAUUAAUUUUGUUUUGUGUAAACUUUUCUGCUAUUCUUCUUCUGGUGCGAUUCGUUAUUGAUUAUCUACUUUGAAUAACUCAGUCAUUAUUUCAUUGGCUUAGGAAUAGUUUUCGAAAUGCCUGAGUUUGAGCACGCAGAUGACGACAGGUCACAGAGAUUGACAAAUGAUGACUUUCGUCGUUUGUUGAUGACCCCAAGGUCUGCUCCUCCAGCUACUCCUGUUUCAACAACUCAUACUCCAGCUUCUGAAAAUCUUGAUAAAAAACCAGCAUCUGCUGUAGUAGAAGAUGACAGAGGGGAAAGGAGAAGAAAAAAGAAAAUUUACUAUGCUAAACUUAAGAAGCAAGAAGAAAACAAAUUGGCUGAACUUGCAGAAAAGUAUAGAGACAGAGCGAGGGAACGAAGAGAAGGAGCCAAUGCAGAUUAUCAAGUUGAUGAUCCUAUGUCCACAUCUAGUGGGUAUAGAGCUGUUGCCCCUGAUAUUAAAUCUGGCAUCGAUGCCGCAGAACGAAGGAGACAAAUGAUUCAGGAAUCAAAAUUUUUGGGUGGUGAUAUGGAACACACUCACUUGGUGAAAGGUUUAGAUUAUGCCUUGUUACAAAAAGUAAGAAGUGAAAUUAUAAUGAAAGAACAGGAGCAAGAACAAGAAAUGGAGAAACUUGUAGCAAAACCUAAAAAAGAAAAGAAAAGUAAAGAAGAAGAAGAGAUGGUUUUUAAGACUCGUCUUGGUAGAAAUGUUUAUAAAGUAGUUAUGGGUGGUAAGGAAAUUCACAGGAAUCCUCUGUUUGCUCCUGGUCGUAUGGCUUAUGUUGUAGAAUUAAACGAUGAUAUGGCCGACAGUGAUAUACCUACCACUUUAUUGAGAAGUAUUGCUGAUGUUCCUAAUACUGAAUCUAUUACCACUCUGACAACCAACGACAUCGUAAUUAACAAAUUAGCUCAAAUUCUUUCUUAUCUGAGACAAGGCCCGAGACAUCAUAAGAAAUCCAAAAAGAAGGAUAAAAUGAUUGAAGAGAAUAUAUUUCCUGAUGCUGGGGAUUACGUACCAUCUGCUAAUAAAGUCAGUGAUCGUAAGAAAGUUGCCAAUUACUUUAAGGAUACUGAGAAAGAAAAAAGCCCACAAAGAGAAGUUAGCAAAAAGGUUAACCCGACUGGAAAGAAAGAAUCAAGAGCAGCAGGGAUAUUAUCUCGUUUGGCUGCUGAACCGACUGGUUAUGCUGAGUGUUAUCCUGGCUUAGACGAAAUGCAGGAUGCGAUAGAAGAUUCUGAUGAUGAAGUUGAUUACACUAAGAUGGAUCAAGGUAACAAGAAAGGCCCUGUUGGAAGGUGGGAUUUUGAUACUCAAGAGGAAUAUUCACAAUACAUGAACAGCAAAGAAGCCCUGCCAAAAGCAGCCUUCCAGUAUGGUGUAAAAAUGGCUGAUGGCCGACGGACAAGAAAGCAUAACAAAGAAAAGAAUGAGAGAGCCGAACUAGAUAGGGAAUGGAACAAGAUCCAGAAUAUUAUCCAGAAGAGGAAGGGACCCGAAGAACCGGGUACGCCUCAGUUUAAAAUUCCUAGAUAUUGAGCUAGAAAUGAAUCUUUAAGGAAUAGUUACUUAUAUGUAUAUUCUUAUUCGAAAAAGAAAAAUUUUUAUUUAAAAGUUUUAAUUUUGUUUAAUAUUCUAUGCUAAAUGUUUUUAGGAGUUUAAUUUUUUAUUAUUUGAACUUGUUUUUUUAUUAAUUUACUUAUAUUAUCCAUUCUUUUAUCUAAAUAUAUAAAAGUCUAUAUAUUAUUUAAGAUAAAAGAAGUUUAUGUAUAUUUCUAUAACAAUGAAAUUAUAUGUAGUUUAACAUAAUCAGUAUGCUAAUUAUUAUCUUAAUGUAUG